GUCACCCUGUUUCCUCGUCAUCCCUGCACAGUGUAUGUCACUCGCGCUCUCUCUCGCAGUGUGUAUGGAAGGAGUUAAGAGGUCUGCCUGUGAUAGGACAGGGUACGCGCACAGUUGCUUAGUAACAGUGAGAUUGCUUGCACAGCUCAACUCUCUUCUCUCCAAAUCUCCCAUUUCCCCUUUUUUUAUUUCUCUGCUUCUUUCCCUCUCUACCUGUCCAUCUCUCCACCCCAUUCUGUGCCUUUUCCACCCUCUUCCCAUCACCCUCUCUGCCUAAAUUGCUUUCACCUGUCCUCUACCUCCAUUUACUCUCAUUACCAUCCACAUUUUCCACCCCAUACAUCUUUCCUGCUAUUUUUUUAGAUUUUUUUAUUUUUUUUAUUUCUUGUGUCAUCCUCCUCUUAUUCCCUCUUCUUUCUUAACCCUCCAUCUCUCGCUGUCGGCGAAGUAGUUAAGCAGUCCCCCCGUGCGUGUCCCUGUGAUAGGAGGAGGCGUGCACACAGUUGCCUGGUUACCACGCUCACAGUGACAUCCCUGUGAAUACGGAAGGAUGCAGCUCGAGCUGGUCCUGGGAGCUGGGUAACGUGGAGGCCUCUUACCCUGCACGCCCUGCAGAUCCCGCACAUCUUCGCCUGCACCGCACAUGCUUCUUACGCUGCCCUGCUCAAUCCAGGCUGGCUGCCCUGCACUGCACCCGCUGCUCUGCUGCAUGCCUGUGUCAUCCUGCAUUGCAUGCCCUGCAGUGCACACCUUGCACUGCAUAACCCCAGAUCCCCACAUCCCUCUCAUGCUGGACCCUCCGUCUUGUGGGGGACGCUGCAAAUCCUGCACGCAACACUGCACGGCUUGCAUGUCCUGCGCUGCACCCUGCCGGCCUUCUACCUGUGCUUUGCUUUGCACCUCAGACCUCCCAACAUCCCUCUCAUCCUUCACCCCAUUUCUCCACACCCUACCUCACUUUGUGUUUGGGGUUCGCCAUCCACAGCUUGGGCCUAGUCAAGGUCUUGAACAUGAAAUUUGAUGGAAACUGAAAGAUACGCUGAGUUUUGAGAUUAUCACCUUGCCCGUUCCCGGAGGAAAAGCGUCCCAGGAGGGAAACAGCCAAGUAUGGACGCCCCUCCUGCCGCCCCCUUCCGACCGUCGCAGGGUUUCCUGAGUCGUCGCUUGAAGAGCUCUAUAAAGAGGACAAAGAGUCAACCCAAGCUAGAUCGGACCAGCAGCUUUCGGCAGAUCCUCCCACGUUUCCGGAGUGCUGACCAUGACAGGGCUCGCCUCAUGCAGGCAUUCAAGGAAUCGCACUCCCAUGAGUCUUUGCUGAGUCCGAGCAGCGCUGCGGAAGCCUUGGAUCUGAAUCUGGAUGAAGAUUCGGUGGUGAAACCCGUGCACAGCAGUAUCUUGGGACAGGAGUUUUGUUUUGAGGUGACAACAGCAUCGGGUACCAAAUGCUUUGCCUGUCGUUCGGCUGCUGAAAGAGACAAAUGGAUAGAGAACCUUCAGAGAGCCGUCAAGCCCAACAAGGAUAACAGCCGGCGAGUAGAUAAUGUCCUCAAGUUGUGGAUUAUUGAAGCUCGCGACCUCCCCCCUAAGAAACGCUACUACUGCGAGCUGUGCCUGGACGACAUCUUGUACGCCCGUACCACCAGCAAAGCCCGGGGUGAAACCGUUUUCUGGGGGGAGCACUUUGAGUUCAAUAACCUGCCCGCGGUGCGGAACCUGCGCCUCCACCUGUAUAAGGACACAGACAAAAAAAGGCGUAAGGAGAAGAGCAACUACGUGGGCAUGGUGAACGUGCCCAUCGCCAGCAUCAGCGGACGCCAUUUUGUGGAGCAGUGGUACCCGGUGUCCCAGCCCACCUCCUACAAGGGGAAAAGCAGCUGUCCCUCCAUCCGCCUAAAAUCCCGAUACCAAACCAUGAGCAUCCUUCCCAUGGAGUUGUACAAGGAGUUUGCCGAGUACGUCACCAACAACUACCGGAUGCUGUGCGCCGUGCUGGAGCCGGUGCUGAGCGUGAAAAGCAAAGAGGAGGUGGCCUGUGCGCUUGUACAUAUACUGCAGAGCACAGGGAAAGCCAAGGACUUCCUCUCCGAUAUGGCUAUGACAGAGGUUGAUCGCUUCCUUGAUAGAGAGCACCUUAUUCUCCGUGAGAACACACUUGCAACUAAAGCCAUAGAGGAGUAUCUGAAACUGAUAGGACAGAGAUACCUCAAGGAAGCCAUUGGUGAGUUCAUUCGGGCUCUGUACGAGUCAGAGGAGGACUGCGAGGUUGACCCAAUGCGUUGUCCGCCUUCUGCCCUGCCCGAUCACCAGGCCAAUCUCAGGAUGUGCUGCGAACUUGCGCUUUGCAAAGUCUUCAACUCCCAUUGUGUAUUCCCCCGGGAGCUGAAGGAGGUCUUUGCAUCAUGGAGAAUGCGCUGUGCAGAGCGCGGUCGUGAAGACAUAGCAGAUCGACUCAUCAGUGCCUCACUCUUCCUCCGCUUCCUGUGUCCGGCCGUCAUGUCCCCCAGCCUCUUCGGCCUGAUGCAGGAAUACCCUGAUGAGCAAACCUCCAGGACCCUCACACUCAUCGCUAAGGUCAUCCAGAACCUGGCCAACUUCAACUUCAAGUUCAGCAGUAAGGAAGAGCACAUGUCCUUCAUGAACGAGUUCCUGGAGACGGAGUUGGCCAAUAUGCAGAAUUUUCUUUAUGAGAUCUCCAACAUGGACGCACUUACCAACAGCAGCAACUUCGAGGGCUACAUCGACUUAGGGCGAGAGCUGAGUACUCUGCACGCCCUGCUUUGGGAGGUCAUCCCCCAGCUCAGUAAGGAUGCUCUUAUAAAGCUGGGGCCCCUCCCUCGCCUUCUCAACGACAUCAGCCUAGCGCUCAGGAACCCCCACAUCCAGCGACAACCAAGUCAUCAAGAACGGCUACCACCUCCCAAACCCGUCGUAUUAAGGGGACCGUCUGCGGAGCUUCAGGGCUAUCUGGCACGAGACCUCAACAGCUCCAUCGACAUGACCCGUCUACCUUCACCCACCAAGGACAAGUCCUCAAAAGAUAUGUUCUUUGUGUCACGCCGCCCCCUCACCCGCUCAUCGCCCGCCUAUUGCACCAGCAGCUCAGACAUCACAGAGCCCGACCAGAAGAUGCUGAGUGUGAACAAAAGCGUGUCCAUGUUAGACUUGCAGGACAGUCGCAUGAACAGCGUGUCCAACCUGCAGGCCGUAGGGGACCUGCUUAACUCCAGCCAGGCCUCCAUAUCUGGGGGGCUCCGCCCGGGGGGCCGGCUCUCCCAGGGCAGUGGGUCUAGCAUUGCGGCUGGUCUUCGGCUCAGUCAGAUGGGGGUCACCACCGACGGGCUUUCGGCUCAGCAGCUCCGUAUCCCCUUGUCCUUCCAGAACCCGCUCUUCCACAUGGCCCCCGAUGGCCCCACUGGACCACCCUCUCACGCAGCUCCUCAUCGGCCGGACCCAGGAGUUGAUGCCUUCGCCCCAUUCCAUGGCUACAGCAAGAGUGAAGACCUGACCUCCGGCAAGCACAUGCUGCACAGCCACAGCUACAGCGACGAUUUCAGCCGGCAGGGGUCAGAGUUCAGCAAGAGGCAGCUUUCCCUCCAAGACAAUCUGCAGCACAUGCUGUCCCCCCCUCAAAUCACCAUCGCCCCCAGUGUACAGCGAAGGCCGGAAACGCAGCCCCCUCCCCUUCACAGGGGCAAAUCCCAACAGCUGACGGUGCAGGCCGCCCAUAAACCCCGGCCAAGCAGCGGUAACCUCCUGCAGAGCCCAGAACCAACGUAUGGAGCUGCCAGACUGAGGCAGCAGUCAGUGGAGAAAGAUGGUGGAGGGCUUAAACCCAGUAUAACCAAGCAGCAUUCACACACGCAGUCCACACUGAAUCCAGUCACUCCUGCCUCGGAACGCACAGUUGCCUGGGUGUCUAAUAUGCCUCAUCUCUCCGCCGACAUUGAAAGCUCUCACAUAGAACGAGAGGAGUACAAACUUAAAGAGUACUCAAAGUCCAUGGAUGAGAGUCGCCUUGAGAGGGUAAAGGAGUAUGAGGAGGAGAUCUACACUCUGAAGGAACGGCUCGUCAUGUCCACCAAGAAACUAGAGGAGUACGAGCGACGCCUUUUUAGCCAGGAAGAACAAACGAAUAAAAUGCUGCAGCAAUAUCAGUGUCGGCUAGAGCAGAGUGAGAAGCGACUCCGGAUGCAGCAGGCAGAGAAGGAUUCGCAGAUCAAGAGCAUCUUAAACAGGUUAGAAAUGGUUGAUGCUGGUGGAGGAGGAAAUCAGGAAGGAUCACACCCAAGAACCCAUCGACAUGAAGAGGAGACUUAUCGAGGCUCAGCAACCCACCUUCUUUCGAACAGUGAAGGCCCAGGACUCUUUGGUGUGAGACAAGGAGAAGAAGUUUCCCUCCGUGGGUUCAGCAGACCCGCGUCUGAGGCUGGCGACACCAUGGAAUGGGGCCCUUCCACCUCUGCCUCCUCGACUCCAAAUCACAGAAAAUGGAGACUUUCUAAACUCAAGUGACCACCACUAACCGGAGCUGAGGGGUCCAUCCAGGAGCCUAGGGGGGAGGAAGGGGGACUGGAAUUCCCCCACUGAGGCAUCUGUCCAUGGGCCCGAAGGAAAGGGGGCUGGGAACCCCCUUUCCUCCAUGACUCUGACAUCGUCCCUCUGCGCCGUCUAGACCUGCGGCCGACAAUCUGUGUGACCCCGGACACACUUGGGAAGUGGAGAGGAGAGAGAAGGGGACAUCGCACUGAACUUAGCCUAAGACCCCCUUGACCGUAUAAAAACCCAUUUCUUAAGCCUUUGUUCUGUUUGGACUCUUAAAAUCUAUAAAUUUCCUCUGUUUUGUCCUAAGUUUUUUUCAGUUGGCCCUAUUAAGUCUCCCGAUCUCCCCCCUCCUCACUCUCUGUCUCAGGUCUGACGCCCUGGGAUUCGCACUGACAGAUCUGCACUGUAGGGGGUACCUCGCCAAAUUCAUCUUCUCAUCCUUUCACCCUCUACGCUCAUUUUAUCUCCAGUCUGAUAAUAGUUUUCUUUAUUAUUUCACUGACAUUGACCAUACUUUCAUCAGCCUUCAUCUACCUUUUCUGUGUGAUAUGGUCGAAAAGUCCUGUGAUUGAUUGAGUUGACUCUAGUUGACUAUGGUCAAAUUGGGAAUAGCGCAACAGAAAGGAGGUUUACAUUAGAAUAUCAUUUUAUGUGGAGUCAGUGAAAAGAAUAUUGAAGACGUCAUAUGUUAAGCAGAGGGGAAAUGUCAAUAGUAGGAUCAGGUCAUUAAAGUGUACUUGCGGCAAUAUUGUUGGCUGGACGAAAAUUUAGAAUUGACCGCCUGCCAACUCACCGGGAACCCAGCAAAAAAUGUUCUCAGUGCACAAGUCUUGGAUUAUGACAGGUACACUUUGAAGACCAUGUAAGGACAAAAUGGAAGGCCAUUGAAAGAAAGGUAAACUCUUGUAGAGGGUUAUCUCAGUACAUAUCCCGUUUUACCUCCUUGAAUCGAGCAGCUGUUCUGGAAGACUUGAGAUCAUCAAAUUCUUAUCAAUAUUACUAUUAUUAUUAUUAUUGAAAUUUUUAUUGAUUUCUUGAAAUCUGUCAGUCCGGGUGGAGCCGAAACGAGUGGUAGGAGUCUCCCGCCCAAAGAACUAACAAUCUAACUCCACUUCCUGUGACACGGGGAGUUUAUACAUAACUUGGCCUCAAAGGUCGUGUGGGACUUGUGUUUUGGAUGGGGGAGGGAGGUGCCAAAGGGAACUCGUUCCGCCCAUAAUCGGAGGUUGGUGCCAUAAAACUUGCAGGGGCCCCUCUUCACUUUUUGUGACAAAUGAGCUGCCGGGCCCCCGAAAAUGAAUGUGUCAGUACAAAAACAAACAAAAAAAAACAAAAAAAAGAUAUUCUGAUUGUAUUUGGUUCUUUUUGACGUUCUGUGUAAAUAUGAAAAAAAAGUUUAAAGAAAAAAAAAAAAAAACAGAGAAUU